AUUCUCUCGAUUCUUGGGAACGGAAUCGAAAACAAUAUCCGUUUUGUCGCCAAAAAUGCUUUCAUUUCCGCUCUUUUCCGCGCAAACGGCGCUCAUUGUCGUGGCGUUCUGUGCCGCGCUCUGAUUGGUCGCCCCGUCGGAGGCCAACAGCCAACCGAAUGACGAGAUUUUGAGUUCAAAUUCGCGACGAUUUCACAGAAAAGCUUCGAUUCAGACGACGACUGCGCAGACGAUGGGAAACAAGAUCUCGUGUUCCACGUGUAACCCGAAGCCGCUGCCGUCGGCGCGGGCGACGGCGGGGCGCGAGGCUGGGCAGCAGGCUAUUGGCCGUCGCGAUGGUCACGUUUUGCGUCUUUGGGCGGAAGUGUUUCACGUGAGCGCGAGUUCGGGAGCCGUGCGUUGGACUCAACUGUCGGACGAUUUGGUGCCCGUGACCGUCACGCAGGUGCAGACGCGCUUCCACGUGACGGCCUACAACUCGCGCGUCGAUAAAGUGCUCGACACGUGGUUAUCGGCCACGCGUUUGGGACAGGCGUCCAAUUGCUUCGUCUACUGGAAAGAUGCGGUCAGUGGCGACACCUGGGGUCUCAACUUCACGUCGGCGGCCGACGCGCGCGCCUUCCGAGAGUGCAUUUCGGCGGCGCGUGACUUCCGACGCGCGGAGUCCUCGUAUUCGCUGCGAGAGGGCGGCGGCGCACAGCAGAGGGAGUCGCGCGCUGACAAACACGAGCGACGCGGAGACGACGCGCGGACGACGGGACGGACGACGCAUUCGCAACCGAACUCUCCGUCGAAACAGAAGUAUUUGCAACAGUUGUCGGCCGCGCAGUGCACGUGCGACUGCAUGACGUCAGACGCGCUCCACAAGCAGCGCAACGGACGCAUUCGUUACGCGACUUUCACGCGACAGGACUCCUCGGGAACCACGCAGUCGUCCAAAAGCGACGGAUCGCUAGUCAGACGACAACACGAACGACAGCAGUAUUUCGCCAAUCGAGGUCACGUGCGCUCAAUGGAGGACCAGAUGCGGGCGAAGUCGCAGCGCGAGAUGAUGUCUGUUCGCGCGCAACGACGACAGGACGACGACAAGCAGACGACGCAACGACAGCCACAACAACAACAGUCGACUGCGCGCUCCAAAUCUCAGGAAGACGUGCGACGCGUGGCGACGACGGCCACGACGACAGACGACCUCAUGUGCGACAGAAUCACGACAACGACGGCUUCCACGCUCUCAUCGGAGGCCUUGAAGCGAAUGCUUCGUGACGUCACGCAGACGACGGCGUCCGUCAAUCACGAGCGACACCACGAGCGGCCGAAGUCGUUGUCCGAGAUGUCGUCCGUCGCGCGCGACUCCAUCGACCGCUCGCGCUCUCACCGCUCACUGGAGGGCCGGCGCCGGUCGCUCGAGAGGACGCAAUGCGUGGACUUGACAGACGCUUCGCCGCCGACUCCGAGACAUCGGUUGCAAGAAAAGGACGAUUCGACGCUUUUGGACGAAUACGAGACGGAAUUGAGACGACGUUUGGCGACACAGACGGCGGCGACGACGACGAGAGACGACGCGAUUGACGUCUUCGAGUCGCUGCUCAAGGAGUCGAUGGACGACGUGGCGACACUCAUGCGCGAAGUGCAGCAGGAGUUGAACCAAAUUCGCGCCGAAGAGAAGCGCUUCAAAUCGCUUUCCAUGCAAUCACUGCUCGGCCUCCAGUUGUCGCGCUCUUCGGCGCCCAUUCUCGACACGCUCUCAAUCGACGGUCAGCUCCCGUUCUGCUCUCUGACGGCCGGCGGCCACUCGACAGCGCAUCUGCCCUUCGAGUCGCUAUCGAUCGCGUCGAUGAUGACGUCAUCAGAG